AUGCGUGGCUCUGACACACGUGGAAAUGUCAUGCACGCCACCCCCGCUCCCCCCGUGCUGCGCGAGGCGCCCACGGAGUUCGUUUCGGCCCACGCGGGCCUCACCCUGCACCUGCCCUGCACAGCCCAGGCCUGGCCCCCUGCGGCCCUGCACUGGCGUCUGCCUGACGGGACCCACAUGAGACCUGUGCAUGCGCACACGCACCCUCGACUCAGCGACGUCUACGUCCUCCCCAAUGGCACGCUGGUGCUGCGCCGCCUGCAGGCCCCGCGCCAUGCCGGUGAGUACAAGUGUGUGGCCGCCAACGCGCUGAGCAGCGCGAGACGCACUGUGCACGUCGAAGUCACACCCGCGCACGCGCGUCUCCCCCCCAGCAUCCGACCCCGAGGCCCGCUUGCCACGCGUGUGCCCCACGGCGCUGACCUCACGCUGCAUUGCCACGCGCGUGGGGACCCUGCCCCACGCGUGUUCUGGAGGCUGCCAGAUGGGCGCCUGGUGGAUGCUGGGAGCAGCUCUGACAUCCGGGUCCGCGCCUUUCCCAACGGCACGCUCUCCGUGCGUCCGGUGACGUCACGUGACGCGGGGGAGUACGUGUGCGUGGCCCGCAACGCGGCGGGCGACGUGCAUGCACGGCUGCGCGUGGAGUUGGUGGCUGGGCCAGGCGGCUCCUAUCUGCAAACCCGGCUUCCCGUGACCCCUGUGACCCAGGACACCGACCCCAGGGAGGACUGUGCUGCCCACCACCGCCUCCAUGUCCCAUCCGGUGUCCUGGGAGACCCGGAUGUUCGGGUCGCGAGGCCUGAUGGGAGUGGGUCGCACGCAGUGACCUGGCUGACGCCGGCCUUGCAGCCCGUGGCCUUCACGUCCGGCUCGGAGGACGCCCACUUCCGUGUGCUGCCAGAUGGGCGUCUGCGCCUGCGGGGGGCACGGCGGGCCGACGCAGGCACGUACACCUGCGGUCACCGCGCAUCCGGGUCACACCUGACGUCCAUGAUGACGUGA